UGAGUUGGGGGGAUGGGGCCGCGUCUAGGAUGAUCGACUCCAAGUGUUUAGCAAGUAUAACAAUUUUCCAACUUGGAUUCCCUUGUGUUGUACCCAACUACUUUUCGACCACGCAUGAGUUUCGGUUGGAAAUCGCCGACGUAAAGUGGAGUAUUUUCACGGCCACGACACAAGUUUAAAAGUCGACAAAAUGUAUCCCACUGCUGGAGCUACGGAGAUGUGUGAGGCACCACGUUCCUCUGGGUCGGCCAGCUCUGAGCCGCCAUCUUCCCCAGUGCCAGAAUAUGUGUUCAAGCCACCCUCAAGGCCAGACUUUGGCACCAUGGGCAGGACAAUCAAGCUUCAGGCCAAUUUCUUUGAGAUGGAAAUCCCCAAACUGGAAGUGUACCAUUAUGACAUUGACAUCAAGCCAGAGAAAUGUCCCAGGAGGGUCAACCGUGAAAUUGUGGAGCACAUGGUCCAGCAUUUUAAAACCCAGAUCUUUGGGGAUCGAAAGCCAGUGUAUGACGGCAGGAAGAACCUGUACACAGCCAUGCCCUUGCCCAUAGGCAGAGACAAAGUGGAGCUCGAGGUGACCAUUCCGGGGGAGGGCAAGGACCGCAGCUUCAAAGUAUCCAUCAAGUGGGUGUCGUGCGUUAGCCUGCAAGCUCUGCAUGAGGCACUGUCAGGACGGCUACCCAGUGUCCCCUUUGAGACCAUACAAGCCCUGGAUGUGGUCAUGAGACAUUUGCCCUCUAUGAGGUAUACGCCAGUCGGCCGCUCUUUCUUCACUCCUUCAGAGGGCUGUUCAAACCCCCUCGGUGGUGGCAGAGAGGUGUGGUUUGGCUUCCACCAAUCUGUCAGGCCUUCUCUUUGGAAAAUGAUGCUCAAUAUCGACGUUUCAGCCACUGCCUUCUAUAAAGCUCAACCUGUAAUUGAGUUCAUGUGCGAGGUCUUGGAUUUUAAAAGCAUUGAAGAACAACAGAAGCCCUUAACAGACUCUCAAAGAGUUAAAUUUACCAAAGAAAUAAAAGGCUUGAAAGUAGAGAUCACACAUUGUGGACAGAUGAAGAGGAAAUACAGAGUGUGCAAUGUGACCAGAAGACCAGCCAGCCAUCAAACGUUCCCCCUGCAGCAGGAGAACGGCCAAACUAUUGAAUGCACCGUGGCGCAGUAUUUCAAAGAUAAGUACAAACUUAUGCUGCGGUACCCUCACUUGCCGUGUCUACAGGUGGGGCAGGAGCAAAAGCACACCUACCUGCCUCUCGAAGUGUGUAACAUAGUUGCGGGACAGCGCUGCAUCAAAAAACUGACAGACAAUCAGACCUCUACAAUGAUCCGUGCCACUGCUAGAUCGGCACCCGAUCGUCAGGAUGAAAUUAGUAAACUGAUGAGAAGCGCCAAUUUCAACACUGACCCAUAUGUUCGCGAAUUUGGAGUGAUGGUGAGGGACGAGAUGACAGAAGUGAACGGCCGUGUCCUCCAAGCACCCUCCAUUCUGUACGGAGGCAGGAACAAGGCGAUAGCCACGCCAAUCCAGGGCGUCUGGGACAUGAGGAACAAGCAGUUCCACACCGGCAUUGAAAUCAAAGUGUGGGCCAUCGCAUGCUUCGCACCACAGAGACAGUGCACUGAACUCUUACUCAAAGCAUUCACAGAUCAGCUCAGGAAGAUCUCCCGGGAUGCAGGCAUGCCCAUUCAGGGUCAACCCUGUUUCUGUAAGUACGCCCAGGGCGCCGACAGCGUGGAGCCCAUGUUCAGACACCUGAAGUACACAUACCAGGGCCUGCAGCUCGUCGUAGUCAUCCUCCCAGGGAAGACUCCCGUCUACGCUGAGGUUAAGCGUGUUGGAGACACAGUCCUUGGCAUGGCCACGCAGUGCGUGCAGGUGAAGAAUGUCCAGAAAACGACACCGCAGACCCUUUCCAACCUCUGUCUGAAGAUCAAUGUCAAGCUGGGUGGCGUCAACAACAUCCUGCUUCCUCAGGGGCGACCGUUGGUGUUUCAGCAGCCUGUCAUCUUUCUCGGUGCUGAUGUCACUCAUCCUCCUGCAGGAGAUGGAAAGAAGCCCUCUAUUGCAGCUGUCGUAGGUAGCAUGGAUGCCCACCCCAGCCGAUACUGCGCCACCGUUCGGGUACAGCAGCACCGACAGGACAUCAUCCAGGACCUGGCCACCAUGGUGAGAGAGCUGCUCAUCCAGUUCUACAAGUCCACCCGCUUCAAGCCCACCAGAAUCAUCUACUACCGUGACGGCAUCUCUGAGGGCCAGUUCAACCAGGUUCUUCAGCACGAACUGCUGGCAAUACGAGAGGCCUGCAUCAAGCUCGAGAAGGACUACCAGCCUGGUAUCACCUUUGUAGUUGUCCAGAAGAGACACCACACCAGGUUGUUCUGUACAGACAGGAACGAGAGGGUUGGAAAGAGUGGCAACAUUCCCGCAGGCACCACUGUGGACACCAAAAUCACUCACCCAUCCGAAUUCGACUUCUACCUUUGCAGUCACGCUGGCAUACAGGGUACCAGCCGGCCGUCUCACUACCACGUGCUGUGGGACGACAAUCACUUCUCUUCCGACGAGCUGCAGGUACUCACCUACCAACUCUGCCACACGUACGUGCGCUGCACCCGCUCCGUUUCCAUCCCGGCGCCCGCCUAUUACGCCCAUUUGGUGGCUUUUCGAGCUCGUUAUCACUUGGUGGACAAGGAGCACGACAGUGCCGAGGGCAGUCACACAUCAGGACAGAGCAACGGGCGUGACCAACAAGCCUUGGCCAAAGCUGUUCAGAUCCACCAGGACACCCUGCGCACAAUGUACUUCGCCUGAGACGGCAGGCUGCCAGGUUGGCGUGGGGGAGAGACCCGUCUGGCUGUCAGCUGUGUGCUUUUACUGUGUGAUCUCCUUUCCUAAAACAUCUGGCAGGUACCUAAGCCUAAACAACUGUCAGUAAGUUGCAACAGAAGUCCUCUUCAUCAGGCUUCAGCUACGUAUUUGGUGUGUGUGCGUGUGUUUGUAAAAUAUGUCGCAAAGUAUGAAAGGAGUAUUGUUAUUCAAUGUGGUGCUUUACAAAUUAGGAGAAGCACAU